CUGCCUGCAUCACCGUUUGGGGCUCGUCGUUCUGGGAGCUACACAGCUUCCCCGGCGGUAGCGAAGCGACAGAGAGCGCAAUUCGCGGCCCCUUGCGGUCCCCGGGCUUAGCUGCGCGUGCCCCGCUCGUGCUUGGAGUCAGCCAAACUCGCGGCCGGUGGAGGUGUGAAGCGACGACGGGCGAGCGCAGCGAGCAGCCUUAGCCGCUGCGGCCUUCUGUUCUACUCCCUCCGCCCCCUCCUCCUCCGCCGCUUCCCCCACCGCUGCCCUCCCCCCACUUCCCGAGCUCCGGCGUGUCCCGGCCACGCUCGGGGCUGCUGCGGGAACAAAGGAGGACCCCGCGGCGGCGGCGGCGCCACCUCCGCCUGCGGCUCCAGCCCGCGGCGGCGGCUCUAGGGCUUCCGGCUCGCCCCUCCCAGAGGGCUCGGCCCGGUCCCCACUUCGCCGGCGUCGUGCGCGAGCCCGGCUACCGCAGUCGAAGACAGAAAAAUGGCUCAGGAGACUAACCAGACCCCAGGGCCCAUGCUGUGUAGUACAGGAUGUGGCUUUUAUGGAAAUCCUAGGACAAAUGGAAUGUGUUCUGUUUGCUACAAAGAACAUCUUCAGAGGCAGCAGAAUAGUGGCAGAAUGAGCCCAAUGGGGACAGCUAGUGGUUCCAAUAGUCCUACCUCAGAUUCUGCAUCUGUACAAAGAGCAGACGCUAGUUUAAACAACUGUGAAGGUGCUGCUGGCAGCACAUCUGAAAAAUCAAGAAAUAUGCCUGUGGCUGCCUUGCCUGUAACUCAGCAAAUGACAGAAAUGAGCAUUUCAAGAGAGGACAAAGUAACUACCCCGAAAACAGAGGUGUCAGAGCCAGUUGUCACUCAGCCCAGUCCUUCAGUUUCUCAGCCCAGUACUUCUCAAAGUGAAGAAAAAGCUCCUGAGUUGCCCAAACCAAAGAAGAACAGGUGUUUCAUGUGCAGAAAGAAAGUUGGCCUUACAGGGUUUGACUGCCGAUGUGGAAAUUUAUUUUGUGGACUUCACCGUUACUCUGACAAGCACAACUGUCCAUAUGAUUACAAAGCAGAAGCUGCAGCAAAAAUCAGAAAAGAGAAUCCAGUUGUUGUGGCUGAAAAAAUUCAGAGAAUAUAAAUUACUACUUGUGAAGAGACUGAUAAUUUGUUUUUAUUUUAAUAUACCGUAGGAAAACAUUAAAGAGCAGAUGCAUGGCCAUUUUCCUUUGAUGUUCUCCAGAGUUUUACUUUACACUUGUCUGUCUUAUAAUUGAUAUUUUAGGAUGUUUGGGUGUUUGUUACAGGCAGAAUUGGAUAGAUACAGCCCUACAAAAUGUAUAUGCCCUCCCCUGAAUAAAAUUGGAUGAAAAUCUGCACAGCAAAUUGAAAUACACAGAUAAUAAGAACAAAAUUUAGUUCCUUCGUGCCAAACAAAAUAAGUGAAAUACCUUUCUGCAUGUUUGCAGCAUAUCUGCCUUUGGAAAUGUAAUCAAGGUAUAAUCUUUGGCUAGUGUUAUGUGCCUGUAUUUUUUUAAAGAAAUGGUACACCAGAAAAGGACUGGCAGUCUACUUCUACCAUAGUUAAACUUCACCCUGUUAAUUUCCACAUGUUCCUUGGAAGCAGGAGGAAAGCUAUAAAAAGAAUCAGACCUUUCCAUGAAACCAGUGUUUGGUGCCAUAUGUAAGCCUGGUUAAUUGGUGUUCUAAAAACUGUCAAGACAUUCUGUGAAAGGUACACAUUGUUUAACUGGUUAAAGAGUAAAAUGCAUCAAGCCAACAGGGUCUUGAGCUAUCUUUGAAGCUUAUUAUGCUGGCUUGCACCAGACAGUGUCUGCAUUACUCUCAUUGCUAAAAAUGUGUAGAACAAAACUGCACUAGGAUUGAUUUAUUUACAAGAAGAAAUUAAAACUACAUUUGGUUUUCACAUACAGCAGCUCUAUGGAGUAACAUGCAUCUGAAUUUUAAGUUUGCAAAGGUAUCUGAAUAGUUAAUUUUUCAUGUGCAUAUUUUGUUGAAUGUUUUGGUUCGAGAAAGAAUGUUUAAAGCUUUUUUAAAGACUUCAGUUCUUAAUGUAACUGUACCCUUCUGCAUGGAAAAUCAUAACCAACAUGGCUGCAGUAGACUUCUUAGUGGUAUCCAGCACCACUUGCAGAGGGCUGCUUUAUAUUAAUUGUACUUGGGUGUAGGACUCUAGUGUUCUUGGGUGUAUUGCAUGGGCUGCAUUAUCUACAGCAUUGUACAAUAACAACUAGAAGAGGCAGUAUACUUCACUGAUGCUUGUCUGGUAAUAUCACUUCUGUGUUAUAAUGGAAGGUUUUUUGUGAUGUAUGAAACUUGUGUUUUUUAUAUAUAAAUGAGUAUAGUUAGAUUAGUGUCGUGGUAAUGCCUGUUUUCAUCUGUAAAUAGUUUAAGUAUGUACACGAGCACUACUUCUGAUUUAUUGCAGUGUUCAGUCUUAGUUUUUACUUUUAUUCUUACAGCAUUCAGUUUUGCUUUCAAUUUUAUGUACCUUAGUUCUAAAGUUAGAUUUGCAGAUGUGUACAGAUAGUACAUAUUUAUGUAUUGCACAUAAUCAUGCUAUUCAGCAUUGAUGCUAUAUUGUAUUAUGUAAAUAAUAAAAGCCAUGUACAGAGGGA